AUGUAUAGAUUCAUUACUAAAUCAUCACCAAUUAUUCGUCAAACUAGUUCUAGAAUUGCUAGACAAUAUUCUACCAGAUCAUCUGCUAACAGCAAUGUCAAUACCAAAUAUCUUGUUGGAGUUUUAGUUCCAACCAUUUUUGCAUUCGGAUACUUCACACAAUCCACUAAUUCAAUUCAAAAUGCAUCUGUUGCUGAUCGUAUUAGAGAAGAUUUUGCUGAAGGUGAUGCUAUAGCUAAAGAUGCUCAAGAAAGAUUAGAAAUCACUCAAUCUAAAUUACAAAAAGAAGAUGAAGCUAAAACUAUUCAAAACGAUGAAAAACAAGCUGUUGAAAAAGUGGGAACUAAAGUAGAUGAUAAACCAAAACAAAGAGAAGAACAUGCUGAAAGAAAGAAAGACCAACCUGAAGAAACCCAAAAAGGAGAUGAUAAACCAUCUGGGGAACAACAAGGUGAAGGCAAACAAGAAGCUGCUUUUAAUCCAGAUACCGGUGAAAUCAAUUGGGAUUGUCCUUGUUUGGGAGGUAUGGCACAUGGACCAUGUGGUGAAGAAUUUAAAGAAGCAUUCUCAUGUUUUGUCUUUUCAGAAACUGAACCAAAGGGAAUUGAUUGUAUCAAGAAAUUUGAAAACAUGAGAUCUUGUUUCAAGAGAUAUCCAGAACAUUAUAAGGAUGAAUUGUAUGAUGAUGGCGAUGAAGAGCAAAGUACUGAAGCCACUGAACAUAUUGUUCUUGAAACUGCUGAUCCUGCUGUCCAAGAAAUUGAACAAGGCAUUGAAGAAGGUAAAGUUAAAACACCAAAAUCUAAAAAUUAG